GCAUGGUCUGCUCCUGUUGUGGAAGUUCUAAGCACAACUUGCGUGGCUGUCCGCUUCCAGGGAGUAAACGUCUGCGGGAACUCGCUGACGAAAACCGACGACUGCGCGGGGAAGAACCAGCACCGCAAGCAAGCUUCUCUUGCUUACUCUGGGAAGCAAGCUCAACAGCUGCGGAAGCGGAAGGACAGGGAACGUCGACUCAAGACCUCUCCAAUGCCCAGCAACCCUGCAUUGGAGAUCGCUGCUGUGGAAGAGCUGCAAAAGCUCGGCUUCCUCAACAGCCUGCAGUCUGUUGUUUUGAACUUGGUGCACGUGUAUGUCCGCUGCGUUGACAAUGAUUGCCGCAGACGUGUCAACUUGCUCACUUUGCAGUCCUGGUUGCCAACCUGUGUUCGACUGGGCAGAAAGACCACUCCCUCCAAGCUCUUGAUGCUCAUCCGAAGCUGGGUGGCCACUGGCUUGGGCCGUGCCCCGUCCGCCUACAACUUGGCACGUGCAGCGGGGAUGACCUUCAAGCCUGUCAAGGCGAUCCUGCAGUGUCUCCAGGACCUGGAAAGUGCAGCAGGGCGUCGCCUCAACGACUCCCUCACUUUGCGUGGAACGGUCGAGGUCGACGCAACCUCUCUCAGAUGCGUGCGUGUCUACAAGUCAACAAAGAGGUUUGCGACACCUGUGCGGACGUGGCUUGCCAAGCAUCCGCACGCCCCAGUGCCAAAGUACUGGCUGCUCCACUACAGGCUCGUGGGCGCUGUCCAGAGAAGCGACAAUUG